AUGGCUAAACUUGUUGAUUCAUGUUGUGUGCCAUCGUCAAUGGCAGUACAAUUGACAAAACCUGAUAAAAAUAAUAAUACAACAGCUAAUAUUGAUGAUGGUAUUAUUUUACCGUCUGAACAUUGUGAUGUGAUUGAGGAUGGAACUGAUGAGAAAUCUGAAAGUACUGGUGACAGCGAGGAUCGUCGUCAUUCCUCAGGUGGUGGUGAUGAUGAUGAUGGACAAAUUAAUAAUAAUACGGUUACAACGGAGAUAACAACCGUUGCUUCGUCGUCGUCAUCAUCAUUAUCAUUGAAUGAUGAAAACGAUGCAUCAAUUAAUAAAGAAUCAACUAUGAAUAAUAAUAAUAAUAAUAAUACAAAUACAUCUACUAAUAAUGCUACUACAACCGUUCCAUAUAAAGAUUUUUCAGGAGUUGAUACCGAAUCAUUUAUAGCAACAACAUUACGUAAUAAUCCAAAGGAUCGUACAUUACUUUUAACACUUGAAACAGUUUUUCAACAAUUUAUUCAAGAUGAUGAACAAAAAUCAUAUCAAUUUCAAGCAAUGAACUCUUAUGAACGAAUGAUUGUUCAUCGUGUUGCCGCAUUUUUCGGUCUUGACCAUAAUGUUGAUAAAAAUGGUCAAGCUGUUGUUGUUACUAAAACUCCGAAUACUCGAGUCCCUAAUUUUUCAUUUCAAAAAUGCAUUCCAGAAGAUGAAUCAGCCGAUAUUACAAAUAGUGGUGCUUUAACAACAGAAAAUCCAGUAUUAUUAACAAAUCCAAAUGAAAUUCCAACUCGUCGUAUUCUACGUCGUCAUGAGAAAAAUCCCAAUCAUGAACAUUCGCAACGAAAUGGUCUUAAUGAUGAUUAUUUAAAUCAGCAGAUAUCUUCAACAAGUAAAAACCAACCAUUAUCAAAACCAUAUUCAGAACGUGUAAAUAAUUAUGCUGAAACACGUGCUAGAAUAUUUAAUGAAACUGCAGAUAUAUCAAAUGCAUCCAUAACAAAUCAAAAUAUGAAAGCAAAUCAAAAACAACAUUUAAAUUUUAUUCGGCCAUCUUAUCGAAAACAGCAGCAACAGCAGCAGCAACAACAACAACACCAGAACAGUUCACAACAACAUCGUUCUUAUACAUAUCAACAUUCACAACUAACAACUAAUAAUCAUAUGCAACAGUAUCCAACUGGAAAAGCAAUUGAUCCAUCUAGUCAUAUGCUUAAUACUUCGACACCUAGAACUCCAUCGAUCUAUUCAGUCCAACAAUCAUCAUCGGGAAAUCUGAGUAUACCUCAGCCACCAUCUAUCUAUGCUUCAAUGAUAGGAUCAAACCCUAGUGUAGCAUCACUACGUCAACCAGCUGCUAGUUCUUUUUAUACUCAAACCCAACCGCCAUCUCUUGAUUAUGAUUAUAAACAACAAGCGAGCGGAGCGCAUAUCUAUAAUUAUGUACCAAUGAUACCUUCAUCAACAUCUAGUUUUAUUCAUCACCAACAGCAACAGCAACAACAACAAACACAACAAUUACAUGCACAACCACCACCGGGUGCCACAGCAGGAGCAGCUGGCCCAAAUCAAGUUCCAUCGCAACAUGGUGCCGGUAUCCCAUUGCCUAUACUAGUUCAUCAACAGCCAACAGGACAAAUACAAUAUCUAUUUCCUGCUCAUCCUUUACAACAACAACAGCAACAAUCGCAAAUCCCACCACAAACAAAUUCUUAUUCAAUCACACCUGAUGGACAAUAUGUUCAACUUUAUCGCCCAGAUACUUUAUCCAUGUCGGGUCCACCCACAGUACAACCUCCGACCGUUGUUGACACUAAUCAUACUCAUCACCAUCCCUAUUCUCAAAAUCAACCUCAUCAUCAUCAUGCUAUUGCUCAACAACAACAACAAAUUCCACCGUCGCAGUCAAAUCUUGCUGCUCAGCCACCACCCUUUGUUCGAAUAUAUCCAACAGGCACACCAGGUAAUGUUUCACAUCCCUUUGCUCAAGCAACUUAUCAACAACCUCCACCUUCACAAACAACAUUUGUUCAAUCAGGCACUAUUCCUACACCGUCUUUUAUGAUUCCUCCUCCUCAAACGGCUGGUAAUGUUCAAACUUAUCCAACAUAUGAUAAUAGUGUACCAUAUAAUACAUAUGGCCCAACAACAACAUCAUCUGGAAAACCUAAUGUUAAUAAUAAUGGAACAUCAGUACAAUAUGUAACAAAUCAUUUAUCAGCAUUAAAUUUACAAAAUCAACACGAUGAUUAUCAAGCACGUGUCAUGAAUAAUCAGCAACAGCAACGUUUUACUCAUUCAAAUGGUUCAAUAGCAAAUAAUCAACAACGAAAUUUUAUGGGACGACCAUUAGUACAAUCACCCAAUGGUUCAACAACAACACCUCGUAUGACUAUUUAUUCAACAUCAAAUCAACAAUAUCGUCAACCCCGUCCAUUGAAUAUUUCAAAUACUGAUAAACAAAUAACAUCAAUCGAGAAUGAUCCGAAAUCUUUAACACAACAACAAAAUAACUGCGAUAAUACUUCGCUGGCCGGUCCAGCUCAAGGUAAAAUUUAA